AUGGCGCAUUCUGCCCUCGGCAACGCCCUCGUCAUUGACAUCACACCACGACCACGUCCACGUCUCGGCCGACAAGACGGCCGCCAGGGUCGGCGCCGGAAUCCGUCUUGGGGCCUUGUACACUGCUCUCAACCCCGUGUCCGCGACUGGCCGGGCGGCAUUUGCCCUACCGUCGGGCUGUCCGGGUUCCUGGGCGCCGGCGGCUUCAACAUCGACCUGUUCUGGGCGGUCCGCCGCGGAGGCGGAGGCUCGUACGGCAUCGUCGUCGAAUGGACCCUCAAGCUCUCGCAGUUGCCUCGCUCGUUCAUGGUCCAGAUCGAAUGGAACGAGCCUGACUCCCGUGUCCAUGUGGCAACUCGCUUCAUCGACUGGGCACCCAGGACUGACCCGGCAUUCACGUCCUGGCUUAACAUGUACAAGAGCCGCACCGAAAUCCUGGGCUGGUGUCUCGGGUGCACGCUCCAUCACGCAAAGACUCUCAUGAACUCGUCCGGCCUGCUGGCUAUUGGGAAACCCCAGAUCCACAUCUCAGGAGGAGGUGUCCAAGCACGCGCCUCUGGCGAUGUUGUCCUCCAGCAGCCGUUCACCCAGGUCGACAAGUAUCCGCAAUUCACGUGGAACGAGACUCGUCAGGACCCAAGCUCUCUGCAGGCCCAGCCCUGGCCCAGAUUUAGAAGAGUGAGCAAGAGCUUCUUCAUGCAGAAGAACAAGAAGCUGGGCAGGGAGGCGGUCCAGAGUCUGGUGGACAGGUUGACGGAGUUGCCAGAUGAGGCGGCCGACUGGGGGCAAUGGCAUGCGUGGAGCAUUGGUUGGAAGGGGGAGGACGAGGCGGCGUUUGCAUGGAGAGAGGAAGCGUAUGCUCAUCUGGAGUUUAUAAUGACGGGGUCCGAGGACGCGGAGAAGCAUAAGAGGCUGGUGGAGUGGAAUGAGGACUUGGAAAGCUAUCUCAGACCUCUGACAGGGCGAGUGCUUCCCUCCAAUAUCUUCCGGAGUGGUCUGGACUGGGUUUCUUUGAAGACUGACGGUGAUAGUCCUGCGUCGUAUGCCGGAUAUGUGGAUUCCAGUAUCUCGUUGAAGCUGAUCAAGGCCAAACAUGACCGUGCUGACAUUUUCGAUUACCCGUUGGGAUCCGUUGGGAUUUCCGCUGGUCGAUAG